AUGAAGCUAAAAACCUACUUCUGGGCGGAUUCCACGUGUGUACUACGUUGGCUUCGAGCCACUCCAACAAAAUGGGUCACCUACGUUGCCAAUCGUGUUGCAAAAAUACAAUCCAUCACCGAAGGAUGCUUCUGGGGACACGUGCCUGGAGUCGAAAAUCCAGCAGACCUGAUUUCCAGGGGAAUAUCGCCAGAAGACAUCUUGGAAAAUAAUUUCUGGUGGAAUGGACCGAAUUGGUUGGAAGCGGACCCGACAAGAUAUCCAAAACAACCGGAGAACUCAACCGAAAUCGGAGAAGAAGAAAGACGACACACUAUCGUGGCGAAUUCUGCUGCAUCACUGGCCGCGUUCAACGAGGACUACUUUAAACGGUUUGCAUCUUACACCGACGUGAUUCGCCGGACUGCGUAUUGGCUGCGGUUGAUUAAGCUUCUUCGUAAACCCAGGCACGAGCGAAGGGAUGGUUCCUUCCUCUCUACCGCUGAACUUCGAGAAGCAGAAUACACGCUAAUCAGACGAGUACAAGAGGAAAUGUUCGCCGAAGAGUGGAAGGCUUUGCGGAAAGGCCAGCAUAUGCCAGCGAAAUCUCCGUUACGAUGGUAUAACCCAUAUUUAUCCAAGGACGGAAUUAUCAGAGUAGGUGGUCGAAUCAGCAAAUCCGAAGAAGCUGACGAUGCCAAACAUCCAAUUCCUUUACCCGCUCGUCAUGUUUUCACUCGUAUGCUAUUGAAGCAUUACCACGAGCGCCUUCUACACGCAGGUCCCCAGCUUCUAUUGGGUACGGUAAGGUUGCGUUAUUGGCCUUUAGGAGGGAGAGACGUCGUUAGACAGAUCGUCCACAAAUGUCUACGAUGUUUUCGUGCUAAGCCAACCAGAAUUCAGCAAUUCAUGGGGGAGCUGCCAGCAUCCAGAGUUACAGUAUCACGUCCAUUCUCCCGAGCUGGCGUCGAUUAUUUCGGUCCAGUUUAUCUUCGACCAGCACCGCGACGGCCCGCUGUGAAAGCCUAUGUCGCGCUUUUCAUGUGCCUGUGUACCAAGGCCGUUCAUCUAGAGCUUGUUUCGGAUUUGUCGACUAAUCGGUUCCUUCAAGCUUUACGUCGAUUUGUCGCGAGACGAGGGAAAUGUACCGACAUAUUUUCGGAUAACGGCACUAACUUCGUCGGGGCUAGGAACAAACUGCGAGAGUUCCUUAUGCUAUUAAAGGACAAAACCCAUCGAGAAGCGGUGUCUACGGCUUGUGCUACAGAAGGCAUUCAAUGGCAUUUUUCACCACCUAGCGCCCCACAUUUCGGAGGCCUCUGGGAGGCAGCAGUUCGAUCUGCUAAAAAACACCUACUGAAGGUCAUCGGUGAAAAUCCGGUAUCACCGGAAGAUUUUACAACACUACUCGUGCAGGUGGAAGGAUGCCUCAAUUCCCGACCGCUAACGUCCAUGUCAGAAGAUCCCAAUGAUCUAGAACCGUUGACGCCAUCGCACUUCCUUGUCGGAGCCUCGCUUCAAGCCCUUCCUGAACCCAAUCUUGAAAAUGUUCAGCUCAACCGUCUGAAUAAAUGGCAGUUAAUGCAAAGUAAGCUUCAAGAUUUUUGGCGCAGAUGGCGCCGGGAAUACCUGUGCCAACUCCAAGCUAGGACCAAACGCUGGAACCCACCAGUUCAAAUCGAGGUGGGCAAGCUGGUCGUGAUCCAAGACGACAAUCUGCCCCCAAUGCGAUGGAGAAUGGGAAGGACACACAAACUCCAUCCUGGCGACGAUCAGGUAGUACGCGUCGUUACCGUCAAAACAGCUGGUGGAAUGCUAACACGCCCUGAAGAAAAAUUAUGCAUUCUACCGCUACCAGACUCCGAUGAUGACGUCAAGGCAGAGGACAACCCAUCCAACAGUCUGGUGUAA